CGGCGCCUCUUUCUGCCCGCGCCGGCCUGAGGGGACGGACGGCUCCGGGCCGAGGCCGCCGCGCAUCCGCCGCCAUCCCGCCGCUCCCGCCGCCAUCCCGCCGCUCCCGCCGCCGCCAUGACGGAGCAGAUGACCCUGCGCGGGACCCUGAAGGGCCACAACGGCUGGGUGACCCAGAUCGCCACCACGCCUCAAUUCCCGGACAUGAUCCUGUCCGCCUCGCGCGACAAAACCAUCAUCAUGUGGAAGCUGACCCGUGACGAGACCAACUACGGGAUCCCGCAGCGGGCGCUGCGGGGCCACUCGCACUUCGUCAGCGACGUGGUGAUCUCCUCGGACGGGCAGUUCGCGCUCUCGGGCUCCUGGGACGGCACCCUGCGCCUCUGGGACCUCACCACGGGGACGACCACGCGGCGCUUCGUGGGCCACACCAAGGACGUGCUGAGCGUGGCCUUCUCCUCGGACAACCGGCAGAUCGUGUCCGGCUCCCGGGACAAGACCAUCAAGCUCUGGAACACGCUGGGGGUCUGCAAGUACACGGUGCAGGACGAGAGCCACUCGGAGUGGGUGUCGUGCGUGCGCUUCUCCCCCAACAGCAGCAACCCCAUCAUCGUGUCCUGCGGCUGGGACAAGCUGGUCAAGGUGUGGAACCUGGCCAACUGCAAGCUGAAGACGAACCACAUCGGGCACACGGGCUACCUGAACACGGUCACCGUGUCCCCCGACGGCUCCCUCUGCGCCUCCGGGGGCAAGGACGGGCAGGCCAUGCUGUGGGACCUCAACGAGGGCAAGCACCUGUACACGCUGGACGGCGGCGACGUCAUCAACGCGCUCUGCUUCAGCCCCAACCGCUACUGGCUCUGCGCCGCCACCGGGCCCAGCAUCAAGAUCUGGGACCUGGAAGGGAAGAUCAUCGUGGACGAGCUGAAGCAGGAGGUGAUCAGCACCAGCAGCAAAGCGGAGCCGCCCCAGUGCACGUCCCUGGCCUGGUCAGCCGAUGGGCAGACUCUGUUCGCCGGCUACACCGACAACCUGGUGCGGGUGUGGCAGGUGACCAUCGGCACCCGCUGAGCCCGAAUCCGCCGUUUUUAUCCCCAAAAAAAAAAAAUAUAUAUAUAUAUAAAAUCAUCAAUAAAUGGCGCUUUACAGGA